UUUUUUCAUUAGUCUAGGUGUUUAGAAUAACUGAAAAUAUAGUACCCUACCUAGUUCAGUAGUUGGAUAAAAGUGAGAAUGUCAUUAAUAUUCACUCCCGUCAACCAAGUGCGGUUGACAAAUGUAGCAGUAGUGCGUAUGAAAAAAGGUGGAAAGAGGUUUGAAAUUGCCUGCUACAAGAACAAAGUAAUGUCCUGGCGCAACAAAUCUGAGAAAGAUAUCGAUGAAGUGCUCCAAACUGAUGCAAUAUUCACAAAUGUAUCUAAAGGACAAGUUGCUAAGAAAGAGGAUUUGAAAAAAUCAUUUGGUACAGAUGAUGUCACAAAAAUAUGUGUUGAAAUUUUGGCAAAGGGGGAAUUACAAGUUUCAGAAAAAGAACGCAGUGACCAUCUUGAAUCAAAAUAUCGAGAUAUUGCAACAAUGGUUUCUGAAAUGUGCGUUAACCCCGAAACGAAGCGUCCAUACACAGUUACUGUUAUUGAGCGUGCAAUGAAAGAAGACAUACAUUAUUCUAUCAACAUGAAUAGAAACGCCAAGCAACAAGCUUUACAAGUCAUUAAAUUAUUACGAGAAAAAAUCUCUAUCGAACGUGCACAAAUGAGAAUGAAAUUGUACAUACCGGGUAAGACCUCAAAAUCAAUCAAAGAGAAAUUGAGACCGCUUUUCAAAUCUAUUGAAAACGAGGAGUUCACGGAUGGACUUGAAAUCGUUUGUUUAAUUGAUCCUGGUAGUUAUAGACAAAUUGAAGAAUUGAUAAGUAAGGAAACAAGGGGAAAAGGAAGCACAGAAGUUUUGAACUUGAAGGAAAUGAAAGAAGUGGAAGAGGUUUUAGAAUGAGUGUUGAUUGUACGGAAUUGUAUCCUAAAACAUGCAUGCUAGCAAUUCAAUUGUGUUUGAGAUAUCUGCCUAUACCUGAAUAUUGGGUAUUCUAGUUAGCAACCAGUAUUCCAAAUGAACUACUUUACAUCAAUACUUUGUUAUAAAUCAUUGACCUACUGACCUAGAGUGGCAUUGAUUCAAGGUCGCAUACUGCUUCUUGCCGACCUUAAGCAAUCUCAUCUGUCUUGGAACUCCCUAAGUCCUAACACAUGAAAUACAAUGCAGUAUACCUAUUUGCGGAUGCAUGUUGUACUUCUCGAGUUCUACUAUUUCCUACUGCCUGUAUUGUUUAACAAUAUACAUUUUCUUUCUGCUUAUAUACAAAUAUAUAUUUUCG